AUGACCAUGUUGCACGUCCGAUUAACUGCUAAGUCCCGUUUUUUAGUACUUAGAAGAUUCUAUGCAUCACAUCUUGACCAAGAAACUCAGAAAAUCAUCGAUUCAUACCCCACUUCUCCGCAUGCAACUCCAUAUGAGAUCUUAAAUAUAUCCAACAAAGAUGCAGUCACCGAUAAGGAACUAAAGAGGGCAUUUUUUAAACUAGCUAAGAUAUACCAUCCAGAUGUCAAUAGAUCAAAGGAGGAAGAUGAUAGCUCCAUAUCCAAGAAGGAUGAACGUUUCAAGAAGAUACUUGCAGCUUAUCAUUUAUUAAAAAAUCCAGUGACAAGGGCCAACUAUGAUAAAUAUAACAUUGGCUGGAAUGAUUCUUCAUCUUUGAGAACAUCUCCUAAUUUCUAUUCACCAAACAGUCCCGAAUAUGCUAGAUACGCCAGAAGAAAUUCUGCAUAUUCAGGAUUUACUAGUUACGAAACAGGAACAUGGGAAGAUAGGUACAGAUACGGUUAUGAUCGUGCUUAUGGGUUCAAAGGUACGUCCGAUGAAGGAUGGAAUACUUCAGAGACUGGAACUUUUAAGGAUGAGUUUACCAAAAACAGGAAAACCAUAUUCUUAAGUAUCUUUUUCACUGCAUUUGUUUACACAUCCCUACAACUAUCACAUCUCUACCUCUAUGAUGAUUUAAUUGGUGAGAAUUAUCCAAGCAAUCUUGUUGUUGAUGUCCACGAAAAAAGUGAGGAUGACUUGUUUCAUGCCUACACAAAUUAUGGUUUGGGUGAUACCAAACAAGACCGUAUAAAUCGGUUCUUGUGGUGGAGACAAAUGACUAUGACAUUUUCCCUAAGGGACAUCAAAGAAGUACUGGAUCAUUUUUACAAAAGAGGAAUUAUCGAUGCCGAUGAUGAACAAGCUAAGCUACGUGAGUUCAAAAAAUAA